CUCCCAAAAUAUAGCAUAUAAUCAUAUAAAGAUCUUCAUCAGUCAUCACAAUAACAAAUUAAAUUUAGGUAGUGUUCACCAAAUCAUCUGUCCAAUCUAAUCCAAUUCAACCUCUAACGUACAUUUGACGUCUCUAUAUUUAUUACCAUAAAAUGCUAAAAUUCACACCAUUUCUACUUCGAAGAAGGUUUCUAGUACAUUGCCCUAAACUAAAACAAUGAUCUCAAUUCGACAAUUAUGGCGGAAGAAAUCUCUCAAUUCUGGCCUUCCAUGGCUUUAUUCUUACUAUUCUACUCUUCCUGCGUCAUCGCCUGUUGUUUGUCAGCUACGACGUCGUCUUACUCAGGCGACAUUUCCUAGAAUAAUUAAGCCAAAUGAUCAACCGAGUCUGCACUAUUUAUUCAAUGGUUCUCGCUUCACAACUCAUGACGCUGUUGAGCAUACAUCGGGUGGGAUGGUGGAUGUACCUCUAGCACAGACAGGUGAAGGUAUUGCUGAAUGUGAGCUGCUGAAGUGGUUUGUGCAGGAGGGCGACGAAGUCGAAGAAUUUCAACCACUUUGUGAGGUCCAAAGUGACAAAGCUACCAUAGAAAUUACGAGCCGAUAUAGGGGAAAGAUCUCACAUAUUCUUCAUGCUCCAGGUGACAUUGUAAAGGUUGGAGAAACUCUUCUGAGGUUGGCUGCUGAAGAAUUUUCUCCUUCAAGUGUAACUGAUGGUUCCUCUGAACCCAAGUUAAUUGAUUCGAGUAAACAAGUUGAGUCAAGUUGUCAAGUUCUGUUUACAGAUGAAAAUAGAUUGAGUGGCAUACUGUGUGCACCAGCAGUUCGUAACCUAGCCAAACAACAUUCAAUUGACUUAAGUGAUAUCAAAGGAAGUGGUAAAGAUGGAAGGAUAUUGAAAGAAGACAUUUUAAAUUAUGUCAGUGGCAUAGCUGACACUGAACCGUCUACAUAUUGCUCUGACAGAUCAGUAGUUGAUAGUUCACUGUAUGAAGACAAAACUUUAAAGCUAAGGGGAUUCCAACGUGCGAUGGUCAAGUCCAUGACAAUGGCUGCCAGAGUUCCACAUUUCCAUUACGUUGAAGAAAUUCGCUGUGGGGCACUUGCAGAACUCAAAGCAUCUUUUCAGAAUAAAAAUUCUGAUCCUAGUAUAAAGCACACUUUUCUUCCGGUUUUGGUCAAAUCAUUAUCAAUGGCAUUGAACAAAUACCCACUUUUAAAUAGUUGCUUCAAUGAAGAUAUGCAUGAGAUCGUUGUGAAAGGCUCCCAUAACAUCGGUAUUGCCAUGGCUACUCCCCAUGGUCUGGUUGUACCUAAUAUCAAGAAGGUUCAAUCUCUAUCUAUAUUAGAGAUAACGAAGGAAAUUUCAAGACUACUGCAAUUGGCGAUUGAGAAUAAGCUUAGUCAAGAUGAUAUAUCUGGUGGAACAAUAACUCUGAGUAACAUUGGAGCAAUUGGUGGAAAGUUUGGUUCUCCUCUAAUUAAUCUGCCUGAAGCAGCAAUUAUUGCAAUUGGUAGAAUUCAGAAAGUUCCACAAAUCACAGAUGAUGGGACCGUGUAUCCUGCGCCACUAAUGAAUGUAAAUAUUGGUGCUGAUCAUAGGGUUCUAGAUGGAGCAACAGUUGCAAGAUUUUGCAACGAGUGGAAAUCAUUUAUUGAAAAUCCGGAGUUACUCUUGUUGCAUACAAGAUGAUCAUCAAUUCCUUGUAUGUAAAAUAGAUUGCAUGUGUGGGUUCUGGCGGGUUAUCUUUAUCUAAUGGUCACCAAAAUGUAGUAUCUCCAGUGGUAGCAUGUAUACAUUCACCUGUAUAUGAUAAUGAAUAAAAGCAGCAACAUGUAUGCAACAAGUGCCUAUUGGAAUUCGGGAGAAGUAAUCAUUAAGCUAUUAUCUCUAUUAUAUAUAAAAACUCCUAAUCUUUUGGUGUU